GAAGAAAGGCGCAUAUGAUGCACACCCUUCGCCAAUAUGAAGCCACUCAGGGCAGUUUCUGCCUUUAAAGAAUAAGCCUUGUUAUUUCUACAAGUGCUGAAUCCACUACCUGUAAUAAAGUAGAUGCGACGCCGAAUUAUUAUCUUGGUCCUGCAGAAUGUCCAAGAUCAGGCGGAAGGUAACAGUGGAGAAUUCAAAAACCAUAUCUGAUAGCAGCAGCACCCCCGCCACCAGCAGCAGCAGCAGCAGCAGCAACCCCGCCGCCCCCUCCCGCCGGCCCAGUGUGUUUGAGAGACUUGGCCCCAGCACUGGGAGUAAUGCUGCUGAUAGUCACUGUAGAAAUUGGCUGAAGACCGGUAAUUGCAUUUACGGCAACACUUGUCGCUACACACAUGGAACUCAGCCACGAGGCAAAGGAUUUAGCUUUAGUCGGUCAGCCGAGAGACCCACAGGUGAUCUGCGGGAGAGGAUGAAGAAUAAAAGACAGGAUGUUGACCCAGAAAACUUGAAGCGAGACCUAGACGAGCCCACAUCCCCCCCAGCGAGACAGAGAGACUCCUCCAGAGGCAGACACAGGGAAAAGGAGGAUAUCAAAAUCACAAAAGAGCGCACCCCAGCAAGUGAAGAAGAGCCCACAGAGUGGGAAACCAAUCGUGAAGACUCAGAUAUCGGUGACUACGACUACGAGUUAUCCCUAGAGAUGAAGCGUCAGAAGAUCCAACGUGAGCUGAUGAAGUUGGAGAACUUGGACAAGAGGGAUGAGAUUGUCAUCAAGAAGGAGGAGACCCCCGCCAAAACAAGAGCCACCGCCAUGCCGAAGGCUUCUCCAGAGCCGUUAAGCAAUAAGGAUUCACCUUCACCCAGGAAGGCAAGUGGAUCCCCAAAACACAAAAGUGGAACCAAAGGCUCAGGCUCUGGGAAGAAAGAGAAGAAGGCACUGGUGUCCUCGCCUGUUUCAGAAACUACCAGGCCUUCGAAAGGGAGCCACAGUAAGAAGAAAGGGCCCCGUACCCCCAGUCCUCCUCCCCCAGUGCCUCUGGACCUUCCCGUGGUUGGGAAGAAACACAAAGGCAAGCACAAGAACAAGGAGAAGUCAGAGGAGAAGCAGAAGGAGGCAAAAGAUCAGGGGCGAGAUGCAGAAAAACACAAGGAGAAGAAGGAGAAACGCAGGGACCGAUCGGACAGUUCCCACAAGGCCAAGCGGUCAGUGACGUCAGAGGAGCGAUCUGGCAGCGUGUCGUCCCCCUCGAGGUGCACCUCCCCCCCAGCCAGGAAGAAAUCCAGCUCUCCUAAAGCAUCGGCCCAUAAAACCCCCGUGCUGGCCUCCCCUCCUCGCAGGUCUCCCUCUCCUCCACGGCACCAGCGCACCCCCACUCCCCCCCGACAGCACUCCCCCUCCUCCCACUCUGGUUCCUCCGCCCAGCGACACUCUCCGUCUCCUCGUCGCCGCCGCUCCUCCUCCCCGACCUAUCAUCGCAGCGCAGCAGCUCCGGCUUCUGCCUCCUCCCCUCAGAGCUCCCGGCGUUCCCGAUCCCCCCUCGCCUCCCACGACGCCUCCUCUCCCCCCCGCCGCUCCGACAGAUCCAGCCCCAGCCAGCGGCACUCGAGAGGCCGAGAGAGGAGCCGGGGGGAACGAGAGAGGAGCCCCCCCGCCCAGGAGCGCAGACCUGAGCGCAGAGACGAAAGCCGCAGCAAGCGUGAGAAGGAAGGCCUCCGCGACGACCGGGACUUUGACUCCGAGCAGGUCUCGUCACGGGACGCCCGGGAAGACCGAGAGACGAGAGAGGCUCGUGAGAGAAGGGAGACUCGCGACAGAGGAAGGGAAACAACCCGAGACUCUCGUGACAACCGAGACAAUACCAGAGACGCUAAGGACCCCAGAGAGAGCAGGACGGAGACCCGCCCCAGCCGAGAGUCUCCAGAGCGCCGGGAACGGGAACGAGAGAGGGACCGCGAGAAGGAGAAGGAGAAGGAGAAAGAGAAAGAGAAGGAGAAAGAGAAGGAGAAGGAGAGAGAGCGGGAAAAGGAAAAGGAAAGGGAAAGGAGUGAGGCCCACAGGAAGGAGGAGCCGGCUCAGGAUGACAGGAGCUAUGGGAGAGGGCAUGGACGGGAGGAGGGAGGGAGAGCGGAGGCGAGGACGGAGAACAGGCCGGACAGAGCGGAGAGGAACGGGCGAGGGAGAGGACGUGGGACUGAGACAUCUGAGAAAGGCUCAAACAGAAACUCCCGAGGAUCCCAACUGGAAAGCAGCCAUGACAACUGGGACUCCCGGAGCAGCGCGGUGAGGGAACGGAGCGCCGAGAGAAGCACGGACCGCAGCGCUACAGAAAGGAGCUCGGAGAGGGGUUCGGACAGAGAUCGAUACGAAGGCGAGCGCAGAGGAGAGCCGGCCCGCGACCCCUCGUUCGACCGGAGGGGAGGACACGGAGAGAGGGAGCGCAGAGACAUCCGGGAGAGAGCCGGAGAUCAAAGAGCAGCCUCCCCAAACCGACACCAGGGGAGAGCCGAAGAGCCCGAGAGGGAGGAGAGGAGGGAGGAGCGUCGGACUGAUCGACCAGAAGACCGGCGAGACGACAGGACUCGCGACCGGGACAGAGAGAGAGAGAGAGAAAGGGAGAGGGAACGGGAGAGAGAGAGGGAGAAGGAGAAGGAGCGAGAGCGAGACCGCGAGAGGGAAAAGGAGCGAGAGAAGGAGGCGGAGAGGGAGAGGGCCCGGGAGAGAGAGAGGGAACGGGAACGGGAGAAGGAGAGAGAACGAGAGAGGGAACGGGAGCGCGAGGAGAGGGAGAAAGAGAGGGAGGACCGGGAGAGGGAGAGGAGGGACAGGGAGAGAGAUAGGGAGCAGCGGGAGAGGGAGAGGCAGCGGGAAUGGGAGGAGCGAGAGAGAGGGAGAGAGGAAAGACGGGACAGGAGGGAUGACCCCAGGGACGAGCGACCUGUUCGAGACACCCGGGACGACAGGAAGGCCAGUCGUAAGAGGCCCAGAGUGGAGAGCAGCCCGAGCCCCCGUGCCUCGCCGAAGCGCACAGCUCGUGACCUCAGUCCUGCAGAGAGCGACGGCUACAACAGUGCGGAAGAGAAGAGUGAGCGCCCAAUUGGCCGGGGGCAGGCCAAGCUCCACCCUCCGCCCCUCCUCCCGAACCCAGUGUGUCCGCAUCCAUCUGACAGUGCAGAGAAGAAUCGUCUGCCGAGCCAGGUGGUGCGGCCCCAGGAUCCUUUGCUGCGCACUCCACCGGUGGCUGCUGCUGUAUCUGAGGAGAAACCGAGUCACUGGAAGGAGGAGGAGCGCAGAGGGGCCGGGGAGAAAAGGGAAACUCGCAGCAGCCGCCACGAGGAACUAGAGCCUCGCGUGGAACGGAGCAGAGGCGACAGACGAGGAGAUCCCCUCGCUGACCCCCCGUCUGACUCUCGAAGCAGAGGCAGAGACCUGCGAGAGCCCACUCUCCCCCCCCCUCCCCCUCCCCCUCCUCCUCCGCCUCCUCAAGCCCUAGUCAGCGUCGACACUGUCCACGAGGAGGGCAAAAAGAAGACCAAGUCGCAAAGAAAGGGAUUGAAGAAGGGUCGCAAAGAAGAUGACAUCGCUAGUGGCAACAUCGUGGCUGCUGCAGGAGAUCGAUUCAACCCCGAGCCCCCGGCCGGCGUCUUGGCAGAAGUUCCUCCACCCGUACACUCGCCCAGGAAAGGGGCCAAGAAGAAGGCGCUCGAGCGAAAGAGGAAACGCUCGCGAGAAGGAGAAUCUGAUGUGUCUGAGGAAGAUUCAUCGGCCCCUCAGCCUCACAAUAAGAAGAAGAGAGGUCCCCGGACACCCCCGCCUUCAAUGAGGCCUGAUAUUCGUGCUGCUGCAGGAAACAAAGAGCCGUCUCCUCUGUCCAAAAUGGACAAUUUCAGUGAUUGGUCAGAUGAGGAGGUAACAGACCGAGGAGUCCCCCUGGAGACAAAAGCUCCACCGGCUCCUGUUGAGCCUCUCAAGAAAGCUGCAGGUCCCAGAGGGGUCAGGGAGCGGGGCAACCCUCCUCCCAUCGCUCCUCUAUUGCCCCAAGACCAGACUCCCACCCUGCUGCCGACUCCGCAGCCCCUCAUGUCCCAGACCCUGCUCCGCAAACUCCCCCCGGAGCAGACGCGCAGCAGCAGCAUGGGGAGCAACCAGAGCCGCACCUCGUCCAGACGCCUGAGAUCCCCCUCCAACGAGCCGGCCAAUCGAGAAGACCCGCAAGGUCCAAGAGCUCGUCGGGGCCGGCUGCAGGGCGCCAACUCUCGGGACAGAGAGCGUGAAAGAGAGAGAGAGAGGCCGGUGGUGAACGAGCCUCCGGGGGUCGAGAGGAAGUCUCGUAUCGACCAGCUGAGGAGAGGAGAGCCCAGCCGCAGCACCUCCUCAGACCGGCAGGACUCCCACAGCCACAGCUCCAGACGCAGCUCUCCAGACUCCGAGCGGCCGGCCAGGUCCAGGUCCCGCGCCGGCUCCUACGACAGCCGGGAGCGCGAAAGGGACCGCGAGCCGUUUGAGCGGGAGCGAGACAGGAAGGAUCUGCGGCCGCAGCAGCAGCCGCCGCCGCAGCAGCAGCAGCAGCAGCAGCCCCUGCUCCUCCAGCAGCCGUUGCAGCAGCAGCCCAGAGACUGGGAGCCCGAGCUGAGAGACUGGCCCGGCAGGGGACGGGAGCCCCUACUGAUGAGACCCGGCCGGGAACCCCUCCUGAGGGAGCGGGACAUCAGGGACCGGGAUCGCUUACUCCCUGAAGGACUCAUUCAGCAGCAUGAGCGAGAGAGGGAUCGGGACAGAGGAGAUCGAGAGAGGGAGAGGAUGAUGAUGGACCUGCCGCCGCAUGGGGACCCCCGGGCGCCGGGACGAGGGGAUCUUAGAGGAGAUCUUAGAGGAGAUAUGAGGGGGGACCUGCGGGGGGACAUGAUCAGACCGGAGAGGAGCGAGUAUGAGACUCUGCUGCCGAAAGAAGCCUUCAACCCUCCAGAGACGGAGAAACCCAACAGCCACCAUCUGAUCGGAGAGCAGCGUGAGCCGGAGAAGACGGACAGCAUCGAUGAAGACGAUGAUGGGAAAGAAGACGAUGGCCAGUCAGUUGCAUCUGUGGGCGAGGAGUAUGAACCCAUCAGUGAUGAUGAGCUAGAUGAGAUCCUUGCUGACAGCCAGAAAAAAGAAGAUCAGCAGGACGAGGAGAAAAUUACAGGUCCUCUGGAUGUCAUUGAUGUGGACUGGUCCAGCCUGAUGCCCAAGCAGAAGGCAGAGCCCCGGGCAGCAGGGGCCGCGCUGCUCCGGUUCACCCCAGGGGCCGUGCUCCUUCGGGCGGGCAUCUCGAAGAGACUUGCAGGGCCUGAGCUCCUGGAGCAGGUCAGGGAGGUGUGCAGAGCUGAGCUGGACGACCCUAAAGAUGCCGACAAGCUGUUUGAGCAUGACCUGGGGGCUUUAAACAUGGCGGCCCUGAACAGGCGGGUGGAGAGGGCCGGAUUACUGAGGAACCUCGGGCCCUGCUGCAAGGCCCUGUGCGCCCGCAGAGACUUCGCCAUCCGCCGCCAGCUGUUAAAAAAUGACAAGGGUCUUACGAAGCAGUACCCCACUACACCAGUGGUAGACACCGAGCUGCUGCAGAUGAGCAUGCGUCUCUUCAGAAGGACCAUGGCGGGCGUGGCCCCCGAGAAGCCUGACGGGGGGUCGGCCCCUGCAGCCGAGGGCCCUCCAGCUGAGGGUGGUAAGCUCAUCACACCUAAGACUGAGGUGUGUGUGUCCUGAGAGGGAAUGUUUUUAAUUAGUCAACACACAUUGAAGUGAAAACCUUCCUUGAACUCGAUCCCUUUUUAUUUCAUACAUAGUCAUGAGAGGAAAACUGCAAAAUUGUGAAUCUUACUCAGUUUUACAUGUUUUGGAUGUUCAGCAAGUGCUUUGCCAUAGACCACUGGACAUUAUAGCCUAUGGAAGUGUGUAAUGAACCAUGUAUGAGAAGCAUGGCACACUCCUGAGUUGACUUCAUGUUUUUUUGUGCAUUCCAGUAUUAGAGUAGCGUUUUAAUCGUCGGUGUCGCCUGCCUAACAAAGUUCAAAUGAUUUGUUUUCGUAUAUUGUGCAUUGGUUUCAACGACUGUGCAUUAAAAUGGUUAGAUGUUGAUUUUUGUUACGGGUCUUUUGCUUUGUAUGAAAUGACUGCCUUAAAAAUAAUGUGACACAUGAUGUUCUUACUAUUUUUGUUUACAUUAUAUUACGAAAAUCUAAAGCAUUUGCUGCAGAGGGGUUACUGACCACCAACACUGAAACAUCCUGCAGGGACUUGAAUGAACAUUCCCACAAAUAAGCACUGCCAAACUAUUCCGUCACUGAAUGUCAUUUGUUACAACUGUCUUCAAAAACAUUAUUCAUGUAUUUGCUUUGAAUGGUUUGGCAAUGUCUACCUGAACUGAACUGAAGCGA